AUGGCAGUGAAUGACAAAAAAACAUCUUUGACAUCAAAAGAGGGUUCUUUGGGGAAGUCGGUCCCGGGACGAGGGAACGCUGGAGUAUCACUUUUCUUUCUAGCGGUGCCCGUUGUUUUAGGAUUCUCAGCGUUUGGGGUGUCGACUUACUUGCAAUUCAAUGAAAUCAGAAACCUUAAAAGUCGCGUGCACACUUUGGAACUGUCAUCGUGGGCAAGGCAGAAAACGGUUGAUAAGAAGGGACUGACGAAUCUGCUGGACAAAUCUGACUUCCUAGACACCAUCACAGAACAUCUGACAAAGAGAAACCGUCGCCAGGUCGUCCCGGAUUACAGUACACUAUUACAACAGUUCGCAGCACAGGAGCUUCAAGUUUUACAGACGUACUGCAUAAACUCUACAAAGAUAUGUGUAAGAGGUCAGCCAGGACAAAAAGGAGAUCGCGGUCUUGAUGGAUUUCCCGGAAUUAAGGGUGAACAAGGACAUUAUGGAAUUUCCGGUCCUGUUGGUCCACGGGGUGAUGACGGCCCACAGGGACCAAGGGGGCUAAAGGGAGAACCCGGCACAAUGCUGCAAGGCAUGACGGGACCGAAAGGCGACAAGGGUGAUAGGGGAGAAGUAGGACCUCCAGGACCAAAGGGCACAGCUUCUGUGACGUCACCGGUCGACUCCAAUAAGUGCUGCGACAAUCUGUGUAUUUUUUUUCUGUCCCCUUUCGAUUCUUGA